AUGCCAGCUUUACAACACCCUCCACAUGGAAAAAGGCCGCCAUUUCCUGGCCAUUUGUCUCAUGGAUCUCAACGACAGUCAUUGAAUAGCCCCCUAAAUCUAAUGGCACCUUCCCAUUCUUCAGCGUCUUUGCAUUCUCCACGAGUAAGCCUUACUAUUUUUUUUGGAUUUUAGGCAACAAAUUUCACUUCAACAUGAACUUUUUUUUAGUUUCAAAACAAAGAUACCUUUCGUUACCCGAUAACGGACGAUGGAGUGAAGGAAAUGCGGGUCGUGAGGACUUUUAAGGACAAUACGGACAAGAUCAAUCAUCUGCAUUAUAGUACGGAUGGAAGAUUUAUGGUCACAUCGUCGAAUGACGAUUCUAUUUUGGUCUACGAUUGUGGGAAGGGAAUAAAAGUGCAGACCGUAAGCUAUUUGAGGUGUUCUUCUUUUUUUAGACCUUACUUUUUUCAUAGAACUUUCUUUUAUAGGUUAAAUCCAAGAAAUAUCAUAGAACUUUUAUUUAUAGGUAAACUCCAAGAAAUAUGGCGCAUGUUUUGUCCAAUUUCUUCACACUCGGGGAGAUUCUUCGUACAGUGUCGUUCAUGCUUCCUCAAAGGUUGACAGUAAGUUAUUUUCAAUUUGGUUUUAUGCUUUUAGACACGUUGAAAUACCUCAGGACCGACAACAAACAAUAUAUUCGCUAUUAUUGUGGGCAUUCCCGGGAGGUGACCGCUGUGAGUGCUGCUUCCACUGAAGGCACCUUCUUGUCUUGUGCGGCCGAUCACACACUCAGAUUAUGGGAUCUAAACUGUUCGUUGGCCACGGUAAGCGCGUGGUAUUAUCAUCACCAGAUUUUAAAACAUUUUAACAUCCAAAUUUUAUUUAUUUUUUCAAGUUUAGGCCGUUCUUCAACUCGAAAACACUCCAGUCGCCGCUUUUGAUCGGGAAGCAAUUACCUUUGCUGUUGGUGUGAAUGGUCAACUAAAGUUGUUCGACCUACGACACUUCCAAAACGGGCCAUUCUGGUCGACCAAACUGCCAAACGCAUUGGACUUCUCGCAUCUUCAAUUCUCCCCCAACAACAAACAAAUAUUACUUUCGACCUAUGGAAGUGAAAUUUAUUUGGUGGAUGCGUUUAGCGGCGAUGUUGUACACACCCUAAAGGGUUUCAAAAACUACGAAAAGAAGGUAGGCAGUUGUUUUGAGAAGUUUUCUUUGCGGGAAAUGAGUUGAAUAUACAGUGUUGGAUUUGAUCCAGUGGCAAAAAAUGUACCAUUUUGCAUCCGGGAAGUAUCAAAAAUGUAGCAAAAUGCCUCCCUCUCCAAGUGAAAAAAAUUCUCAAGGAAAGUGCUUCUUUGGGGUAUGGAGUUACAGGUCAAGACAUAUAUGGAAAAAUCGCAAAAUUUUUCUGAUUCAGAAUAUGUAAAAGUUAGCUGUCUAAUUUUGGUUUGUCAGAGUGAAUCCUCAGAAAUUUUCUCGCAACACCACACAAAUCCCCCUUUUUUAUAUUGGAACUACUAAUUAAGGUGCAGUAUUAAUCAAAUUUGAUAUUUUAAGGCUUGUCAAGAUGCCAGGGUUCACUUUAGCUCAAACUAAAACUUUUGAUUUGGUAAAAACUUUGUCAAAAAGGCAUUUACGUGGUGUUGCGAGAAAAGUUUGAGGAUUUAUCACUCUUACAAACCAAAAUUAGGCAGCUAAUUUUUACAUAUUCGGAAUCAGAAAAAUUUUGCGAGUUUUUUUAUGUAUGUCUCGACCUGUAACUCCAUACCCCAUAGAAGUACUUUCCUUGUCAAAACCGUGCCUCUCUUUUUGUGAGGGAAGGUCUUCAAAACGGAGUUUUUUCGCUUGGAGAGGGAGGCAUUUUGCCACAUUUUUAAUACUUCCCGGAUGUAAAAUGGUACGUUUUUUGCCACUGGAUCAGGUCCGUCACUGUAACAUAUUUAUGUGCUUACAGCCGAUAUGCCUCCGUCCAACGUUUGCGCCCGGCUCUCGUUAUAUUUUUGGCGGAUCCAUCGAUGGAACGGUGAAUUGCUGGUCAGCCAAAAGUGGAGAACUUCUCCGACGUUUCCCCGCGCUUCACGCCGGCCCAGUGGAGAAUGUGGGAUUCCAUCCGAAGUAUUACACGUUGGCCUCGGCCUGCUCGGAAAUGCGAUGGUGGAUCCCGACGUUCGAGGACUUUGUGGAGAAGCAGCCGAGAGAACGAAGAGAUUCCGAAGCCGGACAGCACUUCCAUUCGAAUCCAUUCCAUAAACAAGGUUCUCAUGGACAUGGACUUGGCUCGACACAUUCGGGACCAACCUCUGCUAAUCCGUUCUCGAGUUCAGCAACUACGAAUCCAUUUUCGUCUCAUCACAGCGGAGAAAAGGAACGCCACGGCUUGGUGAGUCAUGAAAAACAGUCGUCGAUUGAACGACUAAGAGAGGAAAGAGGCCACGAAUUGAAGGCCAAGGCUCAAUUACAACCGGUCGGGUUGGUUUCCCCGCAGGAGAAAGCUCUGCCCGUAGGGCAAAAGCCUCAGCCAAGCCCUACAGGAGUGUUACCUCAUCCGCCGGUACCCCCAAAAGAUGUGAGCACCAAAGAAACUUCUUUUGAAUAUCCGAGCGGACUGAGUUCAUCUUUUUCGGAUGUGAAGUCGAGCUCAGCCUCCUUGGAAAUGAAGGCCAAUUCGAUUGCUUCGGAUUUGAAAUCGACGUCGGGAGUUUCGGAAGCAAGGUCGACCUCGAUGUCCUCGGAUGUGAAGUCGAAUUCGACUUUUUCGGAUAUCAAAUCGACUGCAUCCUCGAAUAAGGAACAGGAUGAUUCGUACGACCCCCUCAACGAGAUCCUCAAAGGAAUGAACAAGGAAUUGGGACCAUUGGCACUCGCCCCAACUCCUCAAUCUUCGAGCGGCUCCGGACUUGCAUCAGGCAGUCAACUGGCCCCAUCAAGCGGAUCCAAUCCAGCAACGACCCCGAAAAGUGAUAAAGAAAAGGAUCGAGAACAUCGCGACAGAGACCGUGAACACAGAGACCGAGAUCGGGACAGAGAAAGGGAUCGGGAGAGGGACAGAGAACGCGACAGAGAUCGAGAUCAUCGCGACAGAGACCGCGAUCGGGACAGCCGAGAUAAGGACCGGGAUAGAGACAGAGAAUAUCGAGAAAGGGAUCAUAGGGAACAUCAUCGAGACAGAGACAGAGAUCGAAGGGAUCAAAGAAGCAAAGAGAAGGAGAGAGAUCGGGAAUAUCGAAAUUGA